AUGGAUAGUAGUAGUAAUAAUAAUAAUAAUAAUAGUUUAGAAAUGAAUAAUGGUGAUGGAUUUUUUUCAAGGAUUAGUUCAAAGGUUAAUCAAUAUUUAAGCACCAUUGCUCUAACAACUAGGUUUUUCUUUUUACUAUGUGUAUCUUUAUUUAUACUGGAGUGUUUUAAUAUAAUCAAAGCUUGGCAGGUUUGUUUAUCACCAUAUUAUUUACUGUCACAUCCUCUAUCUAAUGCAUAUACAAUUAUAACAUCAAAUUAUUUUCAUAUAAAUAUUUUACACAUUUUAUUUAAUAUGCUUGCUUUUAUACCCUUGGGUAGUAGAUUGGAAAAAUCAAAGUUUGGAACACUACAGUUUUUUUAUUUAAUCGUAUUAUUCAGUAUUUUAAUACCAUUGAUGACAACCGUUUUAUCGGUUAUUGGUUUAUAUACAAAUAUUACACGUUUUGGUUAUUAUAGUUGCAGUGUUGGUUUCUCUGGAAUUGUUUUCUCUCUUUUAGAAAUAGAGUUUUUUGAAGAUAGAUUGGUUUCAUUAUACGGCAUUACAAAUAUACCUUCAAAGUUAUACCCAUUUGCAAUUUUAUUUAUAACUUAUCUAAUAUUUCCAUCCUCAUCAUUUUUAGGCCAUUUAAGCGGAAUUUUUGUUGGUUUAUUAUUUGUAAAGGGUAAUCUUUCUUUCUUAUUUUUAUCACCAGAAAAAUAUGUUCAAAUUGAAACGUCAGAAAAAUUAAAUAGGGUAAUAUCAUUACAGGGUUAUAUCACAAAUUUAAACUAUGGCUCUACAUCAUCAUUUUAUAAUAAUAGCAGUGGUGGUAGUGUUGGUAGCUCAUCGUCUUCACCAUCAUUAAAUAGCAGUUUUACAAGAAUUAAAAACUAUUUCAGUAGAAAUACAGGUGGUGUUCAAUUAGGUUCAAUAUCUCCUGAACAAUUUAGACAGCAGCAAAUGCAACAGCAGCAACAGCAACAACCACAACAACAGCAAACACAAUUAACAUCUCCACCAAAUCAACAGCCACAACAAAGUAUUAAUAAUAUAGAUGAGGACAAUAAUAAUGGGUACCAAAUACCAAUGUACCCACCAACAUCUUUACAGUAUUCACCAUUAAUUGAUAUGUCAGAAGAAAACCAAACAAAAAAUAAUAAUAAGUGA